GAAAAAUGCCAACCUCACCACAAGUGUAGACAUUAAGCUAGGCUGAUGGAAGACUGCUUCUGUCAACCUAGCUACUAUUGCUUAGAAUGUAGUGUUCCUACACUGAUGGAAAAGGUCCUGCAUCAGUGUACAGUAUGUCAGCACUACAGGGUUUUGCUGGCAUAGCUACAGCACUGUAGCUAUGCUGGUGUAGUCCCUGUAGUGUAGACAUGGCCUUAAUCAUUGUGCUCAUGGCGAUUAAAGCAAAUAACUUAUUGCAGCACUGAAAGGAAUGAAACUUCUAUAGAGUUUUGUACAUAGUUGUCUUCUGUAACAAGGAAGUAAAAUAUUAUCAACAAAAGAAUUAGUAAACAUACUUGAGAUGCAGUGAAGAAACGAACUUAUGCCACUAUACGGUAGUGCUCCAUAGAUGAGAGUGAAAUAUUCAGCACUGAAACUAACUAUUUUACUGUGGGAGACCGUCUUUCAAAUCUUUCUCCCCCUCUGCGGAGAGCUCCGGAGGAAUUGACCCUGGAUCUCUAACAUCCCAGAAGCCAUUAAAAACUCAGAAAAAGAAAGGGAAUGGAACCAAGAGAGAAAAUAUUAAUCCUAAAAUACUUUCUAAGCAUCUUUAAUGGAAUUUUCUUGGUUUUAGGUCUUAUGCUUAUGAUGUUCAGUGUGUGGCUUCUAAUUGACAGAAACAAUUUAUUCACUGUUUUAUCCUUCACAGGUGAGAACCACUUGGUAGCAUACAUUUCUUAUAUGUUGCUUGUAGUUGGAUCCAUCAUUGUUUUUAUUUCAUUCUUGGGAUUCCUAGGAAUCUUUGAAGAAAUCAGAUGGUUACUAAUUCUGUAUCUGGGACUCAUAGUCUUGCUGUUUGGUAUCCAAGUUGCAAUGCCAGUGCUAAUAUAUACAAGAAAAGAAGAGGUCCAGAUUAUGUGGAAUGACAGAAUUGAUGCAGUUAUUUCUAACUAUGGGAACAAAAAUCUGACUGGAAGAGAACAUGAGUGGGAUAUUCUGAAUGCUGUGCAGAAUACUCUGGAAUGCUGUGGAAGACACAAUUCUACAGACUGGAAAAAGAAUGAAAAUAAAGAACACACAAAUCAGGUCCCAUGUUCAUGUACGAAAUCUAAUAAGGAGGAAUGGUUUUGUGAUGUCUCCGCGAAUGAUGUGUACAUUAAGGGAUGUGACGAGUAUAUUAAAAUGUGGUUUGAAAACAACACUUUGGUCUUAAUUGCAAUUAAUAUUGCACUGCUAACUGUAGAGGUCCUCCUGUUCACACAAGGUGUAUUGCUGUUCAAAAACAUCAAGAAGAAUAAAAUUUCACUAAAGGAAUAAAGAAAGAUUUUUGGUGCUGUUAUAUUGCAUGAAUUAUCUAAUAAUUCUUUAAUCCAGAGGUUCCUGAACUUUUCUUAUUGUGUACCCCCUUCCAGAUCUAUCAGGUGCCCAUGUACCCCUACCCCUCUCAUCACUGAUACUUUGUGUGUUCUUCUUAACACUACCAGUCUUUAGCCAUCUGUCCAUAUUUCACUGUUAUGUACAGAUAUAGUUAUAGUGUGACAUACAACCAAAAAAAACCCUUAAAUUCUGAGCUAAGAUAGACUGGACAGUUGCUGGCCAACUGAACCUGUGCUGUACAGUGUUUGGAGGUGAGGACAGGGCUGGAUUUACACCUUACGCACUCCUAGGCACAGCAUCUUCAGUGCCCCCCUCCCCCGACUACAGUUGACCUUUGUGUUGCACACAAUUUUAGAGAGGUAGGGCGCCCCUAGAAUGCUAGCGCCCCUAGGGACGUGCCCUACUAUGUCUGGCCCUGGGUGAGGACUCUGUACAUCAGCGUCUUCGUGUAUCUGUGUUCUCAUUGAUACAUCAUGAAGUAAAUUACCUACCAUAUUUUAUAUAAAAAAUUCCCACAGAGUUUUAAAGAUUUGUCUAGGUAGCCUAUUAUGAAAAUGUAAUAAAUAAAAUAAUUAAUAAAUAAAAUCCACCAUUACACGAUUUUUCCUGUGUACCCCUCCGAGAUAUC